UCUCCUCUCCUUUCAUUUUUUCUGUCCUGCAUUUCCUCUCCUCUCCCAUCCUUGCCUCUCUUCUCUUUCCAUUCAUCUCCUCCUUCUCUCCUCCUUCCUCUCCCUCCUCUCCCCUCCUCUUCCCUCUCUUCUUCACCCACUCAGAGGUCCAGCUCUGCAGUCUGGCACAAGGGAUGAAUGAGGGCCGAUCCGUUGCAGCCACCCUUCUAAGGCGCUAUCGCGUCGCCAUGACGGAGAGCGACAGCCCUCCGCUGUCCUGCGCCAGUCAGCCGCCGGGAGACAGCCCAGACGCCCAGCAUCAGCGCGGGGAGGUGCAGGCGGACGGACAGCCCUUCCCUCUCUCCUCUCUGGAUGACUUGUUUGAGGCGGAGGAAGGGGGCUCCUCUUCUCCCCACUCCCAGGACCACGCUGGCAAAGCCGGACAACAGGCAGCCACCUCUGGGGCCGGGGACAGCAAGCAGAACCUGCGUAACAAGUUCCAGGGCGCCUUCAAGAAGGGCAUCUCCAACCCCAUGGACCUGCUGGAGUCCACCAUCUACGAGUCCCCCGUGGCUCCCGGCUCCAAGAAGGCGCCCAUGGACUCGCUCUUCGACUAUGGCACGUGCCGCGAGACCAACAACCACCGGCGCAGACGCAAGAAACUUCCCCGGGGGAAGGAGGUCACUGAGAUGUCCUGCGAUGAGGACCCCUCGGCCGACCCCCCCAAGGUCGUGAAGAUCUUCAACCGCUCGCUGCUGUUCGAUGCGGUGUCGAGGGCCGAACCCGAGGCACUGGACGGCCUCCUGGAAUACCUACAGAGCCGCGAGAAGGUGCUGACCGAUGAGGACCUCAAAGAACCUUCCACCGGCAAGACGUGCCUGCCCAAGGCGCUGCUGAACCUGUACAGCGGUCAGAAUGACACCAUUCCUCUGCUGGUGGACAUCGCCGAGCAGACGGGGAAUCUACGCGAGUUCAUUAACACGCCCUUCAGAGAUGUCUACUACAGAGGCCAGACCGCGCUGCAUAUCGCCAUCGAGCGGCGCUGUAAGAAGUACGUGGAGCUGCUGGUGGAGAAAGGAGCGGAUGUGCACGCCCAGGCCAGGGGGCGCUUCUUCCAGCCCAAGAUAGAGGGGGGAUACUUCUACUUUGGUGAGCUGCCUCUGUCCCUGGCGGCCUGCACCAACCAGCCGGACAUGGUGCACUACCUGACGGAGAACUCGCACAAGAAGGCGGACCUGCGGCGGCAGGACUCGCGCGGCAACACGGUGCUGCAUGCGCUGGUGCACAUCGCCGACAACACCCGCGACAACACCCGCUUCCUCACCAAGAUGUACGACCUGCUGCUCAUCAAGAGCGCAAAGCUCUACCCCGACGCCAACCUGGAGAUGAUCGCCAACAACGACGGCAUGUCGCCGCUCAUGAUGGCCGCCAAGCUGGGCAAGAUCGGGGUGUUCCAGCACAUCAUCCGUAGGGAGAUCAAGGACGAGGAGGCGCGUCACCUGUCCAGGAAGUUUAAGGACUGGGCCUACGGACCUGUGUACUCCUCCCUCUACGACCUCUCCUCCCUGGACACGUGCGGAGAGGAGGUCUCGGUGCUCGAGAUCCUGGUCUACAACAGCCGCAUAGAGCAGAACCGCCAUGAGAUGUUGGCCGUGGAGCCCAUCAACGAGCUGCUGAGGGCCAAGUGGCAGAAGUUUGGGGCCGCCACCUUCUACAUCAGCGUCAUCUCCUACCUCUUCACCAUGGUGGUCUUCACACUGGUGGCCUACUACAGACCCACGCACCAGGAGACAGGUCCUCCGUAUGCCUAUGUGACCAGUGCUGACCAUCUGCGCCUGGCUGGUGAGCUCAUCACUCUCGGAUCUGGAGUUUUCUUCUUUCUCAGCAAUAUUAAGGAUCUGUUCCUGAAGAAGUGCCCUGGGGUCAACUCCUUAUUUAUUGAUGGCUCCUUUCAGCUGCUCUACUUCAUCUACUCUGUCCUGGUGCUGGUGACGGCUGCUCUGUAUCUGUCGGGCAUCGAGGACUACGUCUCCACCAUGGUGUUUGCCCUGGUGCUGGGCUGGACCAACAUGCUCUACUUCACCAGGGGACUCAAGCUGACCGGGACCUACAGCAUCAUGAUACAGAAGAUUCUCUUCAAAGACCUGUUCAGAUUCCUGCUAGUGUAUGUGCUCUUCAUGAUUGGAUACGCUUCAGCCCUGGUCUCGCUCCUGACUGUGUGCCCCACCUCUGGGCCCGAGUGCGAGGGCCCCGAAGGCUGCCCCACGUACCCCAAGUGCCGCGACAACGAGACCUUCAGCAACUUCCUGCUGGACCUGUUCAAGCUGACCAUCGGCAUCGGGGAGCUGGAGAUGAUCCAGAGUGCCCAGUACCCCGUGGUCUUCCUCAUCCUCCUCGUCACCUACAUCAUCCUCACCUUCGUCCUGCUCCUCAACAUGUUGAUCGCCCUCAUGGGGGAGACGGUGGGACAGGUGUCCAAGGAGAGUAAGAAGAUAUGGAAACUACAGUGGGCCACAACCAUCCUGGACAUCGAGCGCUCCUUCCCUGUGUGCCUGCGCAAGUCUUUCCGUGUGGGAGAGAUGGUCACUGUUGGAAAGAACUGGGAUGGAACUCCUGACAAGCGUUGGUGUUUCAGGGUGGAUGAGGUCAGAUGGUCCCACUGGAACCAGAACUUGGGGAUCAUCAAUGAGGACCCGGGUCAGAAGGAGCUGAACCAGGAACAUGCUAUUCAGGGGACCGUCCGAGGCCUGAGGAGAGCCGACCGUUGGUCCACUGUGGUUCCUCGAGUGAUGGAGGCCAGUAGGACCCCUCGAUCGCGCGACCUGGUGGUGGAGAUGGAGCCCCUCACGCCACGAAUCCGCCUGGAGAGCAGGGACUACUAGCGGACCCUCAAUAGCCCCCCGUGUAUACAACACUGUGGGUCACCAGCACAAGACCUUAAGACCCAGGACUACAAGCCCCAGAGCUAGAGUACCUGUUGUUUCUAUACCACAUGGUAAGGUGUGAAGUACAGUAGAAGCCAUAGGAAGCAAAUGUUGUUUGCAACAUUCCAAGACAAUAUUCUUAUGAUGCUGCAGCUUUGCGUUGGGAAGUUUGUAGGCUUCACCUCGUUGGCUUAAAACCGUUAAACGCACACCUCUGUGGAUGUUACACCAGCCCUUACAUAACAAAGUCGUCAAAAUGAGAAUUAGAGCCUCAGACUUUGGCCUCCACUUGGCCAAAGAUUACAUAUAGGAAAAGCAGCAUACUCAUAUGCUGGUCACAAAAAAAGAUGGUGAUAUAUUUGGGUUUGAAGUGACGUGUCAGGAUGAACCUAAAAAAAAAUCACAAAUCUUCAUCCUCAGUAUUAUCUUCAAACAACAAGACACAGCAGCUGUCACUUAACACAAAUUCCCUUUGUCGUGUAUUUCACAGAAUAUCCCUAACUUUUUGCAAACACUGUAUUUCAUGCUGGAUCUUAUCUAUGGAGUGAAGGUGGGUCACUUUGAGACAUGCAGGUGUUGUUAACUUGUGGCUGACACUUCUACACCCCUUGGAGCAGAGUGCCAGUGAGGUGAGAUAGGGCUCGCCAUGAGUAAUCUUGGGUUGUCCUCCAUGUUUGUCUACAGUGCAUUUGUGAGAUGUACAGACAUCUACAGACCAGUGCAUGUGUGAGAAGUUCGAAUGAUGUCACCUCUGCUGAGUAUUGUUACAAGAUUUGUACUACAUUUUUGUUCAUUGUUACAAAAGCACAAAACUCUAUAUUAUUCAGUGGUUUUUAAACACUAGACACAAGUUGGGGAAUGAAUAUGUACAGUAAUAUACUAUAUUUUCUGACCUAUACAAGUAUUGCUGACAGUAUGCUUUUUUUUAGUGUUGCUUUUGUUCAUUAUAAAUGUCCAUAGACGACAGCUGUCUAUUUAUUGGAAGGAGUGGGCUGCUCUGAGUGAAAGUGGGAAUGCUUUUUAAAAGGAAGUGCCCAUCAUCCUCGAUUUACCGCCUUUGCAGUCAGCAGUCCUCUAGAAUGUAAUUUAAAUGCAACAGAACCGAAACAGCCCCUCGGAAAAUCUACAGCCCAGUUCGCAAUGCAGGGGCUUAGCUGCAAAUUUUGGGCCCUAUGUACAAUCAGCUCCAAUGGACCCCUCCCCCAGCCAUAUAUCAUAAAUCGGACUGUGUGAGGGCCCCCCAUAUACAUUGGGCGCUGGUGAUUCAGUCACACUUUACCCUCCUGAACGACUCCCCUGUCGGCCGCAAUGACUGCUGCCAGUGGUGGUAAUGCUGCUUUGAAAGAGUGAGAAUGAGCUGAUGAAGUGAGUGCCUUUGAAGUUACUUCUAUGAACACUGUUGGAAUAUACUCCUGGACACGUGAAGCCUACUAUUUCUUUUUUCCCCUUUUAAUCAAGUUCUUCCUGACAUAAUCACAAGACAUUCCAUGUUUUAAAAAUCACAAACAGAGAGUAACUGGCGUAACAGGUUUUUUUUUUGCAAAUGAGUUGGUAGAAGCAUGCACUGCUGCUGUUUCAUCAACAGCAAUAGCAACAGUAGACACAGUUGUAACCACAUCCUUGCAAACUCACCGUCUCGAAAUGUCUGAGAGAGAGAGAAAGAGAGAGAGCGAGAGAGAGAGAGAGAGAGAGAGAGAGCGCUGGCAGGCAGCGCCCAGGCCCAGAGAUAAAGGUGCAGUUGGUGGAGGAACAUUGCGCUUGACUGCCUUACUUUCUGAAACCUCCAAAAGGGUUAGCGUGAGUGAGUUAGCUCGGUCGAUGCGUGCAGCAGUGUUGUUGUGGUUUCAGGUCUGUAGAGAUAGUGGCUGUGUGCUCGUCUGCGACCCACUUGCCAUACCGUCUGUCCUCUCAGUGAACUCAGGGAUUUCGUCAACUCAAACUGACAGCCUUCCUCAGAUCCAAAGCAACUGUCGUGCUGUGAGAAUGCUGAAUGUAGGGCUUUCUUCCUCUUUAUUUUAUAUUUCAUUGGCAAACGAACACUUCUAAGGUGCGUUGGCACCUGUGCAUGCAAUAAUUCCCUCCAAGUAUCCAUAAAAUAUAUUUAUGGCUGUUAAUGUAGAUUUGGGCCUGUU